AAGUUUGGGCUGAUCUGCAUUCAACCAAAAAACCGUCAAGCAAGAUGAGUCUCACCGCAAAGGACAAGGAAGCAGUCAGAGCCUUCUGGGGCAAAGUCUCCAGCAAGUCUGGGGCAAUCGGCACUGAUGCUCUCUCCAGGAUGCUGGUGGUUUACCCGCAGACCAAGACUUACUUCACCCACUGGAAGGACCUGAGCCCCGGGUCUGAGCCUGUGCAGAAACACGGAAAGAGCGUGAUGGGUGGAGUUGCAGAUGCUGUGGCCAAAAUCGACGACCUGAAUGCCGGUCUCCUGACCCUCAGUGAGCUGCAUGCCUUCACUCUGCGUGUGGACCCUGCCAACUUCAAGAUUCUAGCUCACAACAUCCUCGUGGUCAUGGCCAUCAUGUUCCCCAAAGAAUUCACCCCUGAGGUCCACGUGGCCAUGGACAAGUUCUUGGCUGCUCUGGCUCGUGCCCUCUCUGAGAAAUACAGAUAAACUGUAAACAGGAGCCGCUGAUGGACAGCAGCACGGUCCUGGAUAGGACACUCUGUCAGUCAGAAUAUCAAUAAAAUAUAAAUUGCAAUGAAA